UCAAAAAAUACAUUUUUUAUUCAUGUUUAAUGCAUAUUGCUCAAAUAACGAAAAAGUCAUAUACCAUUUAAAAUAUCAGAUUAGAAAAAAAUUGCUCCAAUCAAUAUUCUUUAAUUUUUAUACCUCUAUUCUCUGUUCUAUCGUUUAUCAAGAGAAAAAGAGCAUCAACUGAACAGAUUGUGUACAACGAAUAGGACAGACGAAUAAGACAGAGAAUACGUCAGACGAAUCAUACAGAAGAAUAAGACAGACGAUUAAUUCAAGAUGGCGGCAACGACCAGACACGAGGCGGAAUUGAAGAAAAAGUGCAAGGCGAUUAUAGAGGAUAAAAAUUCCACCCUCCUUGAGAUAUUCCGGGCCCAGUGUCUGAUGCGUGGAGCCUGUGGAAUCAAAGAACUCGGCAGGACCUUCCGAAUCAUAGACGACAAUAAGAGUGGAACUCUGGACCAGAAGGAGUUCGAGAAGUGUGUGAGAGAUUUCGGACUGACUCAGUUCACCAAAGAACACACCGACCAGCUGUUCCAGGAAUUCGACAAGGACAAGUCGGGAACCAUAGACUACGAGGAGUUUCUCGUCAAAAUGAGACCGCCUCUCAACAACAGACGGAUGGAUUUGAUCAUGCGUGCUUUCUCCAAGUUGGACUACGACAAGAGUGGACUGGUGACGAAGGAGGACCUGGAGGGUGUGUAUGAUGUGAGCAAACAUCCCAAGUACAUGAGUGGGGAGUGGGGCGCCGACCGCAUCUUCGAGGAGUUCCUCAAGACAUUCGAGUCCGAGGAGUCCACCGACGGCACAGUGACUCGUGAUGAAUUCGUGGCCUAUUACGCAGGAGUGUCUGCGUCCAUAGACAGUGACGCCUACUUUGACGUCAUGAUGAACAAUGCAUGGCGACUGGGAGAGAAGAGUGCUCCUCGCAAACAGUGGAAGGAACAGAAGGAGGACUCUCUCAUGGUCAAGAUGCCGGAUGGAAAAGUGCGCAACACGUCCAUAGUGCCCAAGGGCGGUAACGAGGGAGAGAUCUGGCGCAGUAAACUGUGGAGCCAAUCAGCCGAGGAAGCCCCUUCAGACCAGAAAGCACCCCCCUAUGCUUGGGGCAAGGGUGCAUGUAGAGCCGGCGGUAUCCCCUCUGUCAACGAAGUCUACCCCGAUCCUUAAAAAAAUCGGCCCAAGUCACGCAAACACUGAUCAUACCAGAAAGACUG